UAGAAAGUUGAUCUUUGUGCAGUCUGCGCAAUGUAUUUCAUAUAAAUUAUAAUUGUUGUUCAUAUUAAUAUUGAAACGUACUGUAUAUUGUAAGUCGUGACAAAUGAUUUAUAGAUCUCGAAUUACCACAUACUUUGAUUUUCCGAAUUACUGAGUCAGUGGGUGAAUCAUAUACGGUAUACUCUUUGUCAUAUUUUAAUCUCGAAGUGUUAAGUCGUCUCUAAUAACAAUAAAGUGUUCAUAUAAAGUAAAAUAGUGUUUUAAUAUAAAAGUCUACAUUUUUAGACCGAAACAAAUUUAUGACCGAGGCCAAGUAACUUCUGAUGAGUUCCAAGAAAUGUAAACAGAUGUCGCCGAUAGCCGCCUAUCAAAUAUUUAAGGUUAAUGAAACGAAAUACGAAAAAACGAAAACGAAAUCAACAACGAAAUUUUCCAGUUUUAAGUUCAAGGUGAAGGACAAGAGGAGACCGAGGAGUCAACCGUAUGCCCAGUGCCAGCCGUUUUAACAGUUAUUACUUUCUUGAUAAAGCAGCUUUUUAAUGAAUCAACUUUUAGUAGUUUAGUAAACACGGCAGAGGUAUGGCCAAGGAAAAAGGAGCUCAGUGCAAGGGAUGUGCUAGUGCUGCCAAUGGGUAUUUAAUUGCUUAUAAUGGAAUACAAACGGUGGGUUGGACCUACCUCCUUUUCCAAGUGUUCUCACACUACCUCUUCACCCCCUCGGUACCGUUGUACGACCAAGUGAAAUGGACUGUAAUCCUAUUUCAAAACGCCGCCGUUCUGGAAGUGGUGCAUGCCGCCACGGGAUUGGUCAGGGCAAAUCCGGUUCUUACGGCAUUCCAGGUGGCGUCUAGGGUUAUCGUGGUUUGCGGAAUCCUCAUGGCCACCGAAGCUCCCCGUCACAGUAUAGGACUCGCCUUGGCUCUGUUGGCUUGGUCUGUUACUGAAAUUAUUAGAUACUCUAUGUACACAUUAAGUCUGUUGGGACAAGCGCCGUAUUUCUUGACGUGGUUGAGGUAUUCAACGUUUACCAUCUUAUAUCCAAUAGGGAUAACUGGAGAAUUGUUAUGUAUAUAUGCUGCCCAAAAAGAAGUUGGUGAAAAUGGACUGUAUUCGAUAAAAAUGCCCAAUCAAUUUAACGUUAUUUUCAACUAUCAACACGUUUUAGUAUUCUUGAUGUUGUUAUACAUUCCACUGUUUCCUCAGCUGUUCAUGCACAUGGUCUCACAAAGGAAAAAAGUGUUGGGCGGACAGAAAAAAGAAUAAGGCUGGUUAUAUUUUUCACAUAAUGUCCUCAAUAUCCCAGUAAAUUUGUUAUAGAUAUAAGUAUUGUUAAUUUGUUAUUUCAUGUUGCUAUUUAUUCAAGUAAAUCUACUAUUGAAUUUUGAAUAUUCAAGGAGUAUAUAUUUUUAUAAAGUAAAACUGAAAAUGUAAUUUUCAGAACGUUUUUUUGCAUUAAUUUGGAUGACCACUUUGACUUAGUUCAAAUUAUUAUCUUCCAGAUCUCUCAAAAUGUAAUUUAUAUUAAUAUAUUAAAUGACCGAAUUUAUGUUUUUA